ACCGAACCGACUCAAGUGCUCCCGUGUGUGAACGUCGAGAACGUUGAAAUUCCCGUUGAAAUCAUGAAGCUGUUUGUUGCCGUGCUUGGUCUGCUUGCUGUGGCAAGCGCCGAAUUUACCGUCCAAACAUCGGAGGAUCUGCACCGCUACCGGAACGAGUGUGUGACCGCAUUGAGCGUGCCGGAGGAUCACGUGGCCAAGUUCAAGAAAUGGCAGUUCCCCGAAGAUGACACCACCCAGUGCUACAUCAAGUGUAUUUUCAACAAAAUGCAACUGUUCGACGACACCGAUGGACCACUGGUGGACAACCUGGUGCAGCAGCUUGCCCACGGUCGGGAUGCCGACGAGAUCCGGGCGGAGAUCGUGAAGUGCGUGGACAAGAACACCGAUGGAAACACCUGCCACUGGGCCUUCCGCGGUUUCAAGUGCUUCCAGCAGAACAAUCUGUCGCUGAUUAAGGCCAGCAUCAAGAAGGAUUAAUUCGAACAUCGCACCUUCGAUUCGGUGUCACUAUGAAUAGGAUUAUGGUUUUGAGCGCGGUUUGCCCGUUGGUUGGAGCGGACGGACGGAGUUCGGUCGUUGCGUUCGUUGUUGUGCUGCCAAAGUGGUGAAAGAUGGAAUUGAAAUAAAGUGAUA